CGCCAUCGCUUGUCCCGGCCCGGGGCGCGUGGGGGAGCGCGGGGGAGCUCCGCUUUAGCGCAGGGCCGGCGUGCAACACCAGCUCCCGAUUAGCGCAUUGAGUGCACGCCAGGCUCCACUGAAGUGCAUGCAUAAGCUCGUGCAUAUAUCGUCACGUAAGCGCAUAGUGCAUGCCGAACUCUGCGUACGUGCAUCCAUGCCAUCCGAUCUCCGCUUAAGCGCACGGUGCACGCCGAACUCCGCUUAAGUGCAUACAUUAGCAUUCGAGCAUCGGUAAAGCACGUACCUGGAUCAGGGCUGCGAACUCCGCUUAAGCGCACAAUGAGUUGUGGAGCCUCGUUUAAGUGCCGAUGUGGGCAUUGGGAUUCGUUGCUUUUUUGAGAUAUUAGUAAAUGCAGUGAAGUCCCCAAAAAAACCCCAAAUAUGGCACAAUGCUAAAUAAAUGGGUAAGUUUCGUUAAAUAAUUUGCAGAAAUUUCCUAAAUUUUUGGGAGCUUUCAGUCGCACGCACGAAUCUUAAAAUCCACGAAAACUGCUGAUUUUGUCGUAGUUGCGCCUUGAAUGAAUGCACUCACGCACACCCACCUUACAUUUGCACGGAUGCAUUUGUAUUGACGGGGUCACGAUCACAGGGGGUCACAAACUUGAGUCGGGAUAAAUUACCACACGAGAGAAGCAGUGACAGAUGCCGAUAUUGUUUUCGCCUCUUUCCCAUGAUAAUAAAGACUGAUUUAUACUUACAAAAUGUUUGUUUUAUCUGACAUGCAUCAAUAUUAAAGCAAAGUGAAUUAGCCACUCGAGAGAGCUUUAACUAAUUUGAGAACACCAACCUGAACGGCUUUUUCAUUUGCACCACGAUUUGUAAGUGAUGAAGAGAAAGAUAAAUUGUUGGGAAUGGGACCGCAUAAAAAAUGUGAUGGGUCCAGCCAGUGUUCCGCUCCCUCUGUUUUUGACCAUCAAGUAACAAGUCUCAAUGACACAACUCUGAAGCUUACAUAUCGUGAAUGGUGGCAGCCGGGCAUCAUGGCCGAGCCUGGUCCAGAGGAUUUGGAGCUCAUAUGGUGUGAUGAGUGCGGUGAAUAUCAUGACACAGAGUGUCCUGAGAGGGGGCCGCUGCAGGUCAUCACCACAGCCACCACGCGCGCACGUGCGACCCUGCCACCGUCCCUGGAGAUGCGUGGGUGCACGCGUGGUGGCGAGGGCGUGUUCUGUCGUAUCGCGCUGCUCAAGCGCACGCAGUUUGGACCCCUGGAGGCACCACGCACACCCCACACACCGCCGCCCCGUGCCGACGGGGUGCAUACCAUGCCACUCAAGGUGUUCUCCAAGGAAGGAGUGGUGAACCUGGACAUGCAGGAUGAGUCGCUGUGUAACUGGAUGAUCCUGGUGAGGCCGGCGACCCAGCACCACCAUCAGAACCUCACCGCCUACCAGUACAACCACGACAUUUACUUCACCACGUCACAGGACAUCCCGGCUGGCACGGAGUUGAGGGUGUGGUACGCUGCAUUCUAUGCCAAGAAGAUGAGCAUGCACACCCUUCGUCCCCGCGGGCAGCUCUGCGUUCUGUCUGCAGAGGCUCCUGCCGGAGGUCCCAGUGAGGUCUUCACUCAAACGAGUGUAGAGGAGGGAGAGGACAAGAAGGUGUGGAGGUGCCAGGUGUGCCCAGCACUUUUCGAGCACGCGCAGCAACUAACAGAUCACCUGGUGGUUCAUCUGAACGAAGCCCCUGCCCCAGCAAAUGCAGGGUCAUCGUCGCACCCUAAUUUACAGACCCCAGACCCUACACCGCACAUGGCACCGCUUACAACAACAACACCACACCCAGUACCACACAGCGCACCACACCCAGCACAUCACACCACACCGCUCCCCGAAUCGCAACUUCUACCGCAAACUACAACGCACACCACCCACCAACCUCCGUCCCACGUCCUGCCGCCGAUUAUGCCGCAAAUGCUGUCGUACGCGCCGCCUGCGGUCGCUGGCCCUGCCGGGUUUGGUGCCGAAUCCACUUCCGCCGCCGCUGCCGCCAGCGCCAGUGCCACGUCCGAGCUCGAUUCCGUCGCCAGCACCGCCUUCAGCGGUGCCACUGGUCCUGGAUCGGGUUCCAGUUCGGCUUCUGGGACGACGCGUGCUUCGCGACAUAGGAAGGCGGCCAGGCCCUACGGGGAGGAAGCGUAUAUGGGGCUGAGGGGUUAUGGCGAAUUGUCAGCGUCGGAAAAGGCAGAUGGAGAGGGAGCAGCACACACCACUCUUCGGCGCAGAUUCAGCAGGAAGGGGUAUCGACCUCAAAGGGUCCUGCAGUGCGAGUUCUGUCAAAAAACCUUCAGCAACUGCAGCAACUUCAACCGACAUGUGCGGUCACAUGGGGAUAAGAUGUUUCGCUGCGAGGAGUGCGGAAAGGACUUCACUCGGAAAGAGAGCCUCAAACAGCAUGUGUCCUACAAACACAGCCGCCCCACGGUGGACAUUGAAUUCCCACAUCAGUGCAUCGGUUGCCACAAGGCCUUCAAGACCGAGGGGGCAUUGCAAUUUCACAAUUGUCAAACUGAUGAGCGCACCUUCCAGUGCGGGGUGUGCAUGAAGUUCUUCUCCACCGGAUCCAAUCUCUCGAAGCACCGCAAGAAGCACGGGGAGCGACGCUUUGCGUGUGAGGUCUGCCACAAGGGCUUCUACAGACGCGACGUCAUGUUGGAGCAUUUGCGCCGGCAUUUGGAACGUGCUAAGCGCUGGAGCAAGGAGGAUGGAGAUGCGGAGACAGAGGGGCGAAACAAGUAUCGCAAGGAGCCCUCGCCCUGUCCUGUGUGCAAUAAGGUGUUCUCCUGUCGCAGUAACAUGAACAAACAUCUGCUGACUCACGGAGACAAGAAGUACGCGUGCGAGAUCUGUGGUCGCAGGUUCUACCGCGUGGACGUCCUUCGAGACCACAUCCACGUGCACUUCAAGGACAUUGCUCUGAUGGCCGAUGGGGAACGUGACACCUUCAUUAGUCAGCUGGGCAUCCAGGCUGACGAGGACGGACCACCCGGAGAUUCCCAUGAAGACGCACCCCACAAAUACAACUGCAAGCGCUGUCAGCUGACGUUUGCACGUGGCGGGGAGUACCUGAGCCACAUCAUGGAGAUCCACAAAGAGCGUGGGUUCUGCUGCGACAUCUGCGGCCGCCGCUUUGCGCUCAAAGCCACGUACCACGCCCACAUGGUGAUCCAUCGCGACCGCCUGCCUGAGUCCGACCCCACUGUGCACAAAUACAUACACCCAUGUGAAUUGUGUGGAAGGAUCUUUAACAGCUCCGGGAACCUGGAACGACAUCGUGUCAUACACACAGGAGAAAAGACACACGGAUGCGACGUGUGCGGGAAGUGCUUCGCAAGAAAGGACAUGCUGAAGGAGCACAUGCGUGUGCACGACAACAUCCGGGAGUACCUCUGUGCAGAAUGCGGAAAGGGUAUGAAGACAAAACACGCUCUGCGCCACCACAUGAAGCUGCAUAAGGGGAUCCGUGAGUUUGCCUGUGAAAUCUGUGGCCGGGCCUUCAGUCAAAAGGUCAACAUGCUCAAGCAUAUGCGACGCCACUCUGGUACCAAGGACUACAUGUGCGAGCUGUGCGGGAAAACCUUCUGUGAGAGGAACAGCCUGGAGGUGCACAAGUUGGUACACACGGUUGGGAAGCAGUUUGAGUGCACGUUGUGUCAGCGAAAGUUUGUCACGGAGUACAUGCUGCACAAGCACGAGCAGCUCACCCACCAGCGCGUGGAGGCACGCGCUUGCGAUGCCUGUGGGGCAAAGGUGUCCACGCGCGCCUCCCUCACGCGCCAUCUCAAGCGCAAGCACCCUGAGUUGGUGCAUAUUCACUUUGCUCAGGGCCAAGACCUGGAUAACACACCCACCAUCACCAUCGUGCCGACACAGCUGACUACACUACAAGAGGAAGAUGAACCAGCAGCCUCGUCCCCUGGCACCAAGCUUGAGAUGCACACCACUGAAACAACUCACCAGGUGGUGGUUACAGUGACCGAAUCCAUCCCGGAUGGGAGCGUGACCUGCGAAGAUGGAAGCAUGACCUGUGACAACGGGGGUGUGGGCGCUGACGAGGGGGAUGUGGCUUGCAGGGAAGUGGGUGUGGCGUGCGGAGAGGCUGGCGUGGCCUCCGCUAUGGUAGGGGUGUCACUGGAGAGCGCCAUCCUGGCCACGCUGGACAUGGUGCAGCGUGCGGGCGGCUCCAUUCACAUCACCCCCGCACACAGCAUCACAAGCUCGCUGGGGCAGUCCAUGGCAUCGCUGGAGCAGCCCGUCACCUACACGAGCUCGUCGGGCAUCGUGUCGUUACCGGGGCAGAACGUCACCUACACCAUUAGCCCGUCGUCUGGGGCUGUAACCUUUACGAGCGCAGCCGGCGAGCUACCGUCUCCGGGCCAUUCGACCGUGCUGUCGCCAUCGCCCACGCUGUCGUGCGGGGUGGGGCACGGCGAGAAAAUACGCUCGCAGGGGAACUCCGGCACGGACAUGGAUGACGAGGAAGCGAGUGUGCUUGCCUGCGCUCGCCACGACGCCGACGUGCUCGUAUUAAAACACGGCGGCGCCGGCGGCGUGCUGUCGCACAACCGGACCAAGGUCGUGCUCGUGCACAGGGACACGGACGUGCACGUGCUCGGACAAACGGGUGCAGAUGUGCACGUGCACGCGCAUGGCAGCGCUGACGCACGCUCGCUUUCGCACGGGCACGAGGACCCGCAGGAGCUUGCCAGCACGCCAUGGGUAACGCAUGGUGGGGAAGAUGAUGUUGUUGAAGAUAUUGAUGAUGUUGAUCAUCAUGGUCAACAUGAACAUAUGGAGCAGGAUGUGUGAUGUGUAUGUGUGAUGUGUGUGUUUCUGUUGUGAUUGAUGUGUGAGGUUAUUGCUGAAUGAGUGAUUGGUUGAGGUCGUGUAUUUUGUGUGCGAGUUAAUGUCAUUUAGUGUAAUAUGGGUGGUGUGGUGCAUCUGUCCAUCUAACUCAAUCAACCCAUAACACUUGAGUCUGACCGAUCUGCCAGCCUCAAAGUGCAUCUAAGCUUGCACAAGCGCAGUGGUGACGUUACCUGGCUGCAAAUGGCAGCUGUUGUUGUAGAGAGGUUGUAUGUAUGUUGAAUUGAUUUCGUGCCGUACGUAGCCAGGGGAAGGUUCUCGACCUGUAUGUGGAUAUAGUAUGCCUUGGGCCUUAAUGCCAGCUUAUCAUAUCCAUAAAAAAUAUACAUAAGCUGGAGAGUAUUUGAUCAUGUUAAGGGAUUUUGUAUCGGAUAAAAUUACGUUAAUUUAAAAGUGAGGUUUUUUGCAGAACUGUCCUAAAUCUGGCCCGUGGUUCUUAUGAAACAUGAGGUCUGUAUAAAGUUCGUAAAUCAUUUAAAUAAAAAGUCGUUUGUAUAGCCAAAAUGCUGUGUAUUUUUGAGCAGGUUCAAAUUAUAUUGUAUUAGGAUUUGAGGUUUUAGGUCGUAAUAUGUUCCUUUGUAAUGUUCCUGUGACAUUUUAGCUGCUGCAUGUGUCAUUUUGUUGAAGUAUCUCUGGGCAUGGUAGCUGUCUUAAUAUUUGCUGAAGUAUUGAUUAUAAUUAUGGCAUAAUAGCACAUACAGCAUCGUCUAAAUAAAAUGUAUCAUAGCACAAUA